AUGGCUCAGCAGUGCUUCCAAAAUGAGUAUUUUGACAGUUUGCUUAAUUCUUGCAAACCAUGUCACCUGCGAUGUUCCAAUACCCCUCCUCUGCCUUGUCAGCAUCACUGCAAUGCAAUGAAAGGAACAAACGCCCUUCUCUGGGCCUGUCUGGGCCUGAGCGUGAUCCUGUCUCUCACAGUUUUUGUGAUGUUCUUGCUCAGAAAGCUGAGGUCGGAGUCCUUGCUGGGAAAACCAAGAAACACAGGAUCGGCUCUUGGGCACCUGGUGAAGGUGGGCCCAGAGCACAAAGGGCUGAAGGCGGAAAUGCUUCCUCCUCAGGGUGGCCUGAAGUGCAUUGUAGAAUGCUCCUGUAAUGAUUGUGCCAUGAGGAAGCCACAGGAGGACCACGAGCCUUUCUUUCCACUCCCAGUCAUGGAAGAAGGCACCUCUGUUUCUGUCUCUGGGAAAAUAAGCACGGCAUGCUGCGGACUACCUGGUGCCAAAGAUCAAGGGUUUGGAGAAAUCUGCAUCUGCUAA